CGGGCGCGCUCCGCGCGUGCGCAGAGGCUCAGCCGGGUGACGGCGGCGGCGCUGGCGCUGCCGGAAUGGCGUUCACGCUGUAUUCGUUGCUGCAGGCCGCGCUGCUCUUCGUCAACGCCAUCGCGGUGCUGCACGAGGAGCGCUUCCUCCGCAGGAUUGGCUGGGGAACCGAUCAGGGUAUCGGAGGAUUUGGGGAAGAGCCUGGAAUUAAAGGGCAGUUAAUGAAUCUAAUCCGAUCUGUACGGACGGUUAUGAGAGUGCCAUUAAUUGGAGUGAACGCCGUGACAAUUGUGCUGUUGUUAUUAUUUGGUUGAAAUUGUCUUCGGAAAAUCUUGGAUAGCGUCUAAAGCAAACAGACUGCAGACCGAUUUGCACGUGGGAUCCAAUCUGAGGGAACUGCUGAAGAAGCCGCAUAUAUGUCUCAAUAAAGAUGCAGUUUAUAUUUAUUGUAUUGCUUAAUAUGCACUCCGUUUCAUUAAAUCCAAUGAUUAAAUUGAA